AUGUUAACUAGAAGAUCAAGGAAAGAAGGGAUCGCUUCACCGAGCGAUGCUGAAACAACGUCAAGAACUAAAAGAUCAAUAACACCAUCUAAAAGAUCAAAAACACCAUCUAAAAGAUCAGCAACACCAUCUAAAUCUAAAAGAUCAGCAACACCAUCUAAAUCUAAAAAACCGGUCAAUCGUCUUCGAAGCAAAAGUAAAUCCGUAGAGAGAAGAAUAAGAACUCGAUCCAGAUCAGCUAAUAAGACUGUUGUUAAGACCGGUCCUCGAGUUGUUCUAGAACGUUAUAAUAUUAAACCAGAAGAUCUAGUUUUCAAAAAGAAAGAAAUCAAAAAUAAAAACUCUGUUGAAUUUGUUGAUUCAAAUUCAAGAAAGAGCCAAACACCUGUGAAAGAAGUUACCUCAAUAACUAGUCCUGCUAAGCUCAAUAUAAGUGGCAAUGUAUCUGUAACAUCAUCAUCUCCAAGAUCAAGAUUGGAUUACAAUGAUGAAUCUGAUGAUGAAAUCAAAUUGUCAAAUAAUAUAACAAGCAAGACUUAUCCUGUAGAAUUUGGAGGAACAUUUGGCAAAAUCAUAUUGUCCGCAUUAUUACCAAUAAUAGUUGUCCUUCACAAAAUUGCUAUAAAAACUAAAGGAAAUUUAAUACCUUUUCCUCGUGGUUAUUUAAGACUAGCAAACUAUUAUGAUCAAGAUGUGUUUAUAUGGACUGCUGCUUCAGUGUUUCUUCAAUUGUUAAUAUCACUUGUACCUUUAGCAAAAAAAUCUAAAUCAUUAACAAGAUUAUCACUAGGUGAUGACUUUAAUUUCAUCUACUACAGGUUUUCAGGUUUUUUCAAUUUAAUUAUAGCUGGUUUGAUUAUUUGGGCUAUGGAUUAUUACAAUUGCCCAAUAAAUUUUGUUUUAGAAAUAGUGACUAAAAAGACUGUACCUCAUAUUGUAGCAUCAGUUUUAUACACAUUUAUUAUUUCCAUAAUUUUGUUUAUAAAAGCUAAGUACACAAAUAAAAUUGACAAUAGUUCUUUUAAUUUUGUCCAAAAAUUGUUUAUUGGAACAACAAUUAACCCUACAUUAGGGCCUAUUAAUAUCAAAUUGGCUUUUUGUAGAUAUUCAACAUUGAUGACUAUUUUAUUCAAUUACCUUGUCAUUAUGGACUCUCUUAAAAAUCCUGUUAAUAUUCAUCUUUAUUUUGUUGCUGGACUUCAAAUAUUCUAUGCUAUAGAUAAACUGAUUUUUGAGUUUAAUUUAUUGUCUUCGUUUUAUUUACAAAAUGAAAAAGAUGGAUAUUGGACUAUUAUUCAACAAUUUUUACAACCGAUUAUCAAUUUUUUACCCAUUCAAAUUUUACUUACAGACAAUUUACCAGUUAAUUAUAUCAUUUUGAGUAUUUCUUCAUUUAUCUUUUUAUUUGGCUAUAUCUGUCAACGUUAUAGUGAUUUUACUAAAUAUCAGUAUGAAAAAAACUUGUCAUUUGUCUAUAAGCCUUCUUAUGUAAGAACUAAUGUAGAUGGUCUUUGGUCAUACGUGAGGUAUCCUAAUUACAUAGGCACAAUACUUGUACAUUUAGCCUUAAUCUUGCCAAUAUUUGAACCUAACCUUGGCAGUUUGCAAGCAUCUUGGCCUGUACUUUUAUAUCCUUUGUAUUACAUAAUUACUUUGUCCCACCAAUGUGUGCGUAUUUCUACCCACUACCGUUUCCAGUGUGGUGAUAGGUGGGAUCGUGCAUAUCUAGCAAAAUGGAAUUUAAUACCAAAAAUAUUUUGA